UAUUCAAAUGGGAAGGAGGAUUGUUUGGGAGGGGAAGUUCUUUUCUGGCAGCCAAGCAAUUCCAAGUUGGGAUAACGCUACUUCAAACUUCCUUAUCUUCGAAUUUCAGGAACUCAAAUCACUCAAAGUUUUGUGGUAAAAAGAAUAAUAAAAGUUGAAAAUGGCAACUAAUGAACUACAAGAAAAGUUGGCAAGAAGAGAUAAAAUCAAUGAAGGUGAAGCUGCUCCAUCUAAAGUUUCUCAAUCAGUUUAUGCUGAAUUCAAGGAAUUCUCCAUCCUUGAAAUAAAAGAAUAUCGCAAAGUCUUUCAAAAAUAUGAUAUGGAUCAUAGCAACUUUAUUGAUUUCAUGGAACUCAAGCUAAUGAUGGAAAAAUUAGGAGAACCACAAACUCAUCUUGGGUUGAAGGAAAUGAUCAAAGCAGUGGACGAAGAUAAUGAUGGACAAAUAAGCUUUAGAGAGUUCAUGCUGAUAUUCAAAUAUGCCAAAGACGGAACAUUGCAAGUAGAGGGUUUGCUGAAAAUUGCAGAUUGUUGCAACGUAUCAGAAGAAGGUGUUAGUGGUGCAAAAUCUUUUUUCGAAGCCAAGGUUCAACAGCAAACAAAUGACAAUAAAUUUGAACAAGAAAUAAGAGCUGAACAGGAAAAGAAAAAGAAGGAGUUGCUGGAAGCAAAAGAGAGGCGAGAAGCGUUCAAGCAGAAGGCAGCGACGUUUCAGUAAACUUUUGGUUCAAUAUGUGUUCUAAGGGCCUAGGAUAGUUCGCCAAAUUCAUAUAUCACAUUCUCUUGGACAAAAGUGCAAAAAUAAUCAGAUUAUUUAUUCAAUAACGAAUACUAAUUAUCAAGAUUUAACUUGAACAAUUUAAUCUAAUGGCAAGUAUUCCGCGGUUUAGAAAAAUGCAAAUUGUUGGUCUCAGUUACAUGAGUUAGGAAAAUUGCAAGUUUUUAUUGAAUAAUUGAUAAAACUCCAUCAGUUAUCAAAUCACGCACCGAAUCAAGAUACUUGUCUGAACCAAUCAGAAUAGCUACUAUUACAUGGUAGAAGUCACAUGUCAUAAAUCUUGAUACUUUCCUUCUUAUGUUGUACGCGCUCUGAAAAGCUAUUCUUCCUGCUGGUAAAAAUCUUUUUCUUGACGACAGUUAUCCUUUAAGUAAAUGGAAACACUUAUUCUCGCAAGUAGUUUCUCAGUUAAAUAUAUUGAAAUGUUUUUUAUCUCUUUUCUUGUUGGUAUAAGAGAACCGUUCGGAUUAACACACUUUUGUGGAAUUAAAUAUUAUAAUAUUAAAUAUUAAUGCAUUUUGAAUUAUUGAGCAAAUGUUCUAAUGUAAAGGGGGCUGUUUUCAUAUAAAGUGUUGGGAGGUAUUUCUGAAUGUAAAUUUGCAAUGAUAAAUUCUAGCUUUGCAUCAUUGAAGGAAGCAUCGUUUCGUAUAACAUUAUUUUUUAAAAUUUGACGUAGUUCGUUUUUGCCCGCUUUGUGGACGUCAUCUUUCAGUUUGUAUUUAUCGUCUUAGAAUCAUUUAUUAAUAAUUUCAUUCUAUAUGUUCUUAUAAA